UCAGUCGGCUCGUUUCAGAAAGUGGACAGGCAAAUUCCUAUUGGUUUUGAUUGAACAGACAUGGCAGCAGCUGUGGUUAUCCCAAAUCAGAAUGUGGUGGAGAGGGUAAGCAGCCUCCCUUUGGUGAGCUCCACCUAUGGCCUGGUGUCCAGCGUGUACUGCAACACCAAGGGCACCCACCCUUACAUCAAGACUGUGUGUGAGGCUGCUGAGCAAGGCGUCCGCAACAUCACCUCUGUGGUCGUCACCACAGCUUCACCCAUCAUUUACAAGCUGGAGCCUCAAAUUGCCAUUGCUAAUGACCUUGCUUGUAAGGGUUUGGACAAGAUUGAGAAAACCCUGCCAAUUCUUCACCAGCCAUCUGAGCAGAUUGUGUCCAGUGCUAAGGGUGUGGUAACCAAUGCUAAAGAUGCUGUGACGGGCAAAGUGUCCGAUGCUAAGGACUCCGUUUCAGACACUCUGACUAGUGCUGUGGAAAAGACCCGGGGUGCAGUGCACAACGGGAUGGAGAAGACCAGGGCUGUUGUCAGUGGGAGUAUGAUCACAGUGCUGGAAAGCAGAGUGGUCCAGCUGGUCAGCAGCGGAGUGGACACUGCCCUCAGUACCUCUGAGAACCUGGUGGAGCAGUAUCUGCCCCUGACAGAGGACGAGCUAGAGAUGGAGGCAAAAAACGUGGUUGGCUUCGACAACAAGGAGACCAGCUACUAUGUCCGUCUUGGUUCGCUCUCCGCCAAACUCAGGAAGCGGGCAUACAACCGGGCCAUGGCCAGGAUACAAGAUGGCAAGCAGAGAAGCAGGAAAUUUAUUGCUGAGCUUAAUGCUACUGUUGAUCUAAUUCAGUAUGGCAGAAAGAAUAUUGACGGGGCGAACCAGAUGGUUAAUGAAAAGCUAAGCUCCCUCAUGGGGUGGAAGUCCAGUGAUUCAAACCAGGAUGGUCACGAGGCAGAGCUAAUUGAGUCUCGCACCCUGGCCCUGGCUCACUCCCUCACCGUGCAGCUCCAGACCACCUGUGUGGGCCUCGUCUCCAGCCUCCAGGGCCUCCCCAAACACAUCCAGCAGGAGGCGCUCUCCCUCAGCCGUUCCGCCACACAUGUCUACAGCAGUUUCAGCAAAGCCAAGGUGCUGGGAGACCUCCCUGACAGCGUUCUGACCGGCAGCAAAGUCCACUUGAGCAAGAUGAAAAACUCCCUGGACAACGUCAUGGAUUAUCUGGUCAACAACACGCCGCUCAACUGGCUGGUCGGUCCCUUUUACCCUCGCAUAGAGUCAGCGCCAAGUUCAAGCUGCACGCAAGCUACGCCCUCCAGCUCUCCCUCGAAUCAGACGCAGAGAGAGGAGCCCAUGGAAGUCGAGAUGCAGUCUCUUCAUUCAGAGCAGCAGUAGUCCACUACAGCUUUGUUUCUAUUUUACUAACAAAUCCUGUUAUUUUUCUAGCAAAUUUACACUUUUUUUAAGAUAAUGUGGAGCGCAUGGUGACGUCAAACUUGAAUAGCUCUAUCUUAAACUUGCUUUUUUAUACAUUUUUUAACUUUAAAUCUUGACGUCAUCUCCUUAAACAGAAAUUUGUCAACUUUGUUCACAAUCUUACAAUAGACACUUUACUGCUGAAGUUCUAUCAUGCUCCCUUUUCAAAAUAAACUCACCUGGAAUUAAA